GAGGUGGUGACUCGUGAUGACAUCGUCCAGCAGUAAUACUACAGCCUUCCCCUCCCUCACUACCUUUAGGCCAUCCUCCUCCUCCACCUUCAUCUCCACCAGCCCAACGCUGUUGACUGCAUACAAAGAGAAGAUGAAGGAGCUGUCCCUCGUCUCCCUCAUCUGCUCCUGUCUCUACCCAGAGGCACGCAAGAACAUCAUGGGUGAGUUUGAGGACAUGGAGGUUAAGCCCAUUAACAAGCGGGCUUCUGGCCAGGCCUUUGAGGUCAUCCUGAAGCCACCCUCUCCCACGGCUGAUGGCUCCUACAGCAUCACUACACCUCCCAAAAAGAGGGACAUGUCCCUGGAGGACAUCCAGAAGAAGCUGGAGGCAGCAGAGGAAAGGAGGAGAUCCCAGGAGUCUCAAGUCCUGAGGGCCCUGGCUGAGAAACGUGAGCAUGAGCGGGACGUCCUGCUGAAAGCCAUGGAGGAGAACAGCAACUUCAGUAGGAUGGCAGAGGAGAAACUCAUCAUGAAGAUGGAGCAGAUCAAGGAGAACCGUGACACCCACAUUGCAGCAAUGCUGGAACGACUGCAUGAGAAGGAGAAGCACGCUCAGGAGGUGCGCAGAAACAAAGAGCUGAGGGAAGAGUUGACAGCAUGAGCACAUCUCUCUAGACCCUCUGUCCC